UCAAAAGUAAGCCUUCGAUUAUGAUUCGGUUAUGUUUAUCGUAGUUUUUACUGAAGGAUAGUUGAUGCUGGCCAUUUGGAGAUUUAGCUCAGUAUUUUUAAUAGCAUUCUAGCUUGGUUUUGCACAUCCUGAGGAGGAGUGGAGUUGAGAAAAUGCAUAAUUUGUAGCACUUAUGCAUAGUAAAAGGAGUUUAAUAAUUUUGGAGAUGUGGUUAUUGAAAGAAAUUAUUCUUCAAAAUUCUUUCUGCUUAUGAAAUAAAUUCUUGAUACUCUAGAGCUUUGAAAAUUUAAAUCAUUUAUACCAAUCACUUUUGCGGAUAUUUUGGUCAUCAAGUUUAAAAACUCACAGAUUCUAGAAUUUAGCAAAUUUUAUAGAAAAAUAUUUGACAUUUCCUUAGCUUAGGAAAUCUCAGUUCGAGUAUUCUCAUGCUUCAUUGUCAGCUUUAAAUUAGCUCAAAAAUAUCCUAAAUUUACAAUAAAAUUCCAAAACUUAACCUUGUAGUUGUGAAAAUAUCAUUAAUGUUCAUGAAAACGAAAAGAUUCAAAGUAAGAGCCAUCGAGGAAGGAGAAGAAUAUAUCGAUUUAAGCCAGAACCAGCAGAAUUUCAAGAAUCAUAAGACCUUGAUCAAGCCUAUUAACAUUCAAAAGCUUGCUACUCAGUCAAAAAUUUCAGAUGGUGACAUUUCAUUGCAAGAUUUUGAGGUCAUAAAAGAGAUUGGUAGCGGAACUUUUGGAACUGUUUACAAAGUCAAGUUCAUCUCCAGCACCAAGUUAUUAGAGCAGAGCUCUAAUAACUUCUAUGCUUUGAAGAAGAUCUCUUUGAAGCAUAAGCCAAAAGAGAUGGUCAGGGAAUUCUUCAUGCUGAAGAAUAUAAACCAUGACAAUAUCAUAAAAUGAUAUACCUCUUUUAUUGAAGCUGACUUUCUGUAUAUUGUUAUGGAAUAUGCGGAAGGUGGCGAUCUUUUAACACUCAUUCAGAAGCAGAAAGAAGCUAGGAAGUUCUUCUCAGAGAAAGUUCUAUGGCAGUACGCUUGGGAGCUAUGACUUGGAUUGCUACAUAUGCAUGCAAAUGAUAUCAUUCAUCGGGAUAUUAAGACUCUUAAUAUUUUUAUUAAGGAUGGAGUCCUGAAAAUUGGAGAUUUGGGAGAAUCGAGGUCUCUCAGUGAGGCUGAUUAUCUAUCUGGGAAAACAGUCGGAACUCCAAUGUUUUUAGCCCCAGAGCUCAUAAAGCAUCACAAUUACGAUCACCGAGUUGAUAUAUGGGCACUAGGAUGAGUGAUGUACCACCUUGCUGCACUUGAGGUUCCAUAUUUUAGUGAAGACUUAGAAACAUUACUCAAGAAUAUCAAAUAUAAGUCUCCUAAACCUCUGUUAGGGUGUUAUUCUGCAAAGCUAAAGGAGUUCAUAAUGAAAUUAUUGGAGAAGAAGAUAUCAGAUCGACCAUUCGUAGCUGAAUUAUUCUCUUUGUUCCCUGCUUGAUUCCGAUUUGGGAAUCUGACUGACAUCUCAAAUUUUAAGAAGUUGGGUGAACUGGGAGAUGCCUCUAUCAAGAAGUCUAUAAUAGAUCGGGGUCUUCAAGAAAUCGGAAAUGAGUUUAUAGCUUUUAAAAACAGACAAAUUAUGAAAAAGAUCAAUUUUACGAGCACUCUUAAUCGAAGGAAACAACAAGUCAAGUCAAAUUUAGCAAAUGUGUUAAAGAAAACUCAAGUAGGAAGGAGAGACGGCAAGCUUGUACUCAAGGACACCCUCAUUAACAAACCUAAAGUUGUUCUUGACGAUGACGAAUCUCUUUCAAGGGAUUCUGACUCUAAUAUCAAGGCUGCACUGGAUAAGAAAUAGAAAAAUUUGACUUCCUAUGGAUAAAAGAAAUCAAUCAACCAAGACAAUAAAUAUUGCACGUAGGAAAAACUCACUGAAAAUAUGAACUCAAGAGAGCUAUAAAGCUAUUGAUUUUAGGCAAAAGUCGCAGAUAUUUAUCAAAUAAUGCUUCAAAGCAAUCUGAAGAAAGGGAAACCCCAAAAUCAGAGCUUCCUAACUUGAAAAGAUUCGAGAAGCUGAAGAAGGAGAGUAAUAGCGCUUUGGCCAUUCAUCAUAAGGAUUCCCAGCCUAACCUGGAAGUCCCUAUCUUCAAUAAUUAUCAAUAUAUGAGAAGAAGUUAUGAGCAUCAUGGAGAAAUUGAGAAGAGAUCCAGGAUGCUACCCAAGCUUAAUAACAUUGAGAAUCAAUGGAGUACCUCUAACACUAAGACUACUACAAAUGAUGCUUCAGAGAAGGGGAUCUACGCCACUUUCCGAAGUUUGAACAAUUUCGCCUUGAAGCCGAGCAAAGGACACCGGAAAUCAAUGGAGACUCCGAUUUCUGAAUAUAUUUCUCAGGAACAAUAUUAUCCUAGAUCAGGGGUUAACAGUCAGGUCAAUUUGCAUGCCAAAACAAAUAGGUUUAAUCAUCCUCAGAUGAUCAGGCCGAGGAAGAAGAAGAGCUCAAAAAAGUUUAAUAUUCAUAUGAUUUAAUAUAAAUAUUUUCCUAAAC